AUGGAGAAAUUGGGCGAAUGGUUGGCUCGUGACCGACAGGCGGGCGACGUGCUCUUCUUAAAAGGAGACUUGGGGUGCGGCAAAACGUGUCUGGCGCGCGGCUUUGCAGCGCAGCUCCCGACAGUCUACCACGUCGAUCUCUACCGCCUGGACGCCGUGACGGAACAGGACGCAGCGGCUCUAGGGCUAGCCGAUGCCUUUGACCGAGGAAUUACACUGGUGGAGUGGCCCGAACGCUUUGAGGAGACCAGUGUCCCACCGGAGAGGCUGGAUGUGAGGAUCUCGUACGAUGAAGAGGACCCGGAGAUCCGACACGUAGAGAUGCUACCAGUCGGAGAGCGGUGGACGAAGUUUUUUAAUGAGGACGUUGAGGCAUAA